AUGGGCCGUAGUUGUCUUAAUGCUUUGCAUGGGUUGAAGCCAUUGAUGCUGAUGCUGGUGGUUCAGUUUUCAUCCGUGGGAGUCAACUUGUUGUACAAACUGGCCGCUAAUGAUGGAAUGGACAUCAGGCUUAUUAUUGCCUAUCGCUUCAUUUUUGCCACUGUUUUCCUUGCUCCUAUUGCUUUCUUCGUUGAAAGAACGACCAGGCCAAAGCUCACUCGAAAGGUACUCCUCCAAGCAUUUUUGGCUGGGUUGUUUGGGGGAACAUUAUCACAAAAUUUGUACAUUGCAAGUUUAACGUUAACGUCGCCAACAUUUGCUGCUGCCAUAACUCAACUCAUCCCGGCCAUAACUUUCGUUUUGGCCGUCUCCUUUGGGUUGGAGAGAUUGAACUUAAAAAGAGUAGGAGGGAAGGCAAAGGUGUUGGGGACAUUAUUGGGAAUAAGUGGAGCGAUGCUUAUGACCUUAUACAAAGGGGUGGAAAUCCACUUAUGGAACACCCAUAUUAACCUGCUUCUGCAUAGUGGUCACCAGCAACAACUACACUUGGAGGCAGCAGCUUCCCACGAGUAUGCUCAUCGAGUUCUGGGUUGUCUUCUGGCUCUCGCCUGCUCCUUCGGCCUUGGCUUGUGGCUGAUUAUUCAGGCUAAGAUGGGUGAGAAUUACCCUUGUUAUUAUUCAAGCGCAACUCUUGUGUCAUUUAUGGGGGCGAUCCAAUCCACUGGUUUUGCCCUUUGCGUCGACAGGAACUGGAACAACUGGAAGUUGGGUUGGAAUAUUAGACUUGUAACAGUCUUAUACCUGGGGAUUGUGGGUACUGCAGUAAUUCUCACAUGUACUGCACUUUGCAUAAGCAUGAGGGGUCCUUUGUAUGCGUCAGUUUUCGGGCCUCUGGUUCUUGUUUUUGUUGCCCUUGUUGGCUCUCUGGUGUUGGACGAGAAGUUGCACCUCGGAAGUGUUCUAGGAGCGGUGUUAAUCAUUGGAGGCAUAUACGCUGUGCUGUGGGGAAAGAGCAAAGACAUAAAGAAGAUGAAUCAAUCGGUUCCAACAACAAGCCUUGAGGAGGAGUCUGCAGGAUCUCUGGUUGAAAUUAUCUCAAUGCCUCCGGAUAAUAAUAAAGGCAAUGACAACAUGAGACCGUCACGGAUAGACAACAUCGUAUAGAAACCUGGUUGCUAGCUAGCUUGGUAGCAAGUCAUAGAGAAUUCGAAAAUGGACGGUGGAACUACAAUGUAUGAGAGCAUGUCAAGACCUACGUACCAUUUGCUCCUAUCUACAUUGUCCAA